GCCGAAGCAGAGUGUCAAUCGUUGAGCUGAGACGAAUCGAUGAGCCCUGCUUCUGUAGUUAAGAGCGGAAACUCUGUCCGGAUAGUUACAUUUAUGAAGUAUUCAGCAUCCUCUGACAGGAGAGCCUAGACCCUCAUCUUACUCUCUGAGCUGCAAUCCGGGCAGGGUCGAGUGGACCACGAUGAUGCUAUAAGUUCCCGUUGCACUCAAAACGCCCAGUCCUUGUCUGACAGAACGACCCCCACGUGAUCGCGCCUGAAUCGCCCUGGCAUCAUCACUGGCAGUUCAACCGCCGCAACCAUGCCAUCUCCAUUCCACACUGCCCUGACACCAUCCAGACGUCGUCCGUCUCGACUGAAGUACGACCAGGCUCGAUCCACGGUCCCACGAUGAUGAGGCAUACAAUCGCUGCCGCUUGGACGGGCUGAUGAAAUGAGACUGAGACACGGAUGUGGUGCCGUAGUAUAACAACACCCAGCACACCCCUCCCAUACUCCUCCUGCCCCGCAGUUGACCCGCAGUAUGUUCGACAAAGUCAUCGGAUCCCUCAUCGUCAGCUCGUGGGCCGACACGGCUCUGUUCGUCAUCGAGAUCAUCUAUGCAUUCCGGUACUUGCACGCAUUCUGGGACGAUACGUGGUACAUCAAGGCUACGGUCUUUCUGUGCCUAGCGGUUGACGCUUUGUCGGUCGCGGGCCAUUAUGCGAGUGUGUACUUGUAUUGCGUUACGCAUUGGGGUAAUCUGCCACUCUUUGUCUGUGAUACUCGUUACCCAUCCUUGCUCCAGGCGACCGCAUAUAUCUACUACGCGAGACCGAUGGAAUCUCGAUCCCAGUACUGGCCCAUCUUCACCUACGUGGUUACGACCGGCGUCUCCGCGGUCGUGGUCGAGCUGUACCUGAUAUACAGAUACUGGAGAGCCUCGCGGAUGUGGUCCACCACCGCACUCUUGCUCUCCUCCACCAUGGCAGCACUCAUUGGAUGCAUCAUCACGACGGCGAUCCUGACCAAGAAUUCAAACUAUGAAGACAGGGACGACAUCAUCAUCCCCGUCACCAUCUGGCUGGUCGCGACCGCCUUUGCCGACGUGGGGAUCGCGACUGUGCUCAUACUCCAACUCAUGUCCAUGCACAAGGGAACCACAUUCACUCACACCAAGAGCACAAUCCGCCGGCUCAUCCGGGACGCUCUCAAAACCGGCACGCUGACCUCGAUUGUCGCGCUCGCCGUCCUCAUCACAUACCUGACCGAUCAGGAAAGCAACGUGACUGUCGGCAUCGGGUUCUGCCUCGGGCGGUUCUACACGCUCACGCUUCUGUACAACCUGCUCUCUAGAAAGGCGGUGAUGGCCGGCGGCCGCAGCCAACGGUAUUCGACCGGCAGUGUCCCUGCUUUGACCAACAGCAUGCUCUCCUCAUCUGGCAUCUUCGUCCAGCGGUCGCAACACGUCAUGGUAGAUGAGCCAGAAAAGAUCCCGAGGUUUUCCGUUAGCAUCCCUCAGGCGCCCGUCACAGUUCCCGACCUGGAAGCAGCGCCACGGCAGCUCGAUGCAGUAGUCGAAACUAGUUAGACAGGCCGUUGUAUGGAUGGAUCGAGUGUUUCGCCCAAAGUAACGCAUCGAAAGCACGGCUGGGGAGUCGUGUGGCUAUUUCAGAGUUUCAUGUAGCUCCGAUGUGAGCAGAGAACCCACAACUCUAUCAACCAUACGGUACAAUGAAAGAAUCGGCUGAAAUAGCUGCUCAGCUUGGUUUCUGAGGCAGCAGCAGCAGCGAAAGCUCACCGUCCACCCCACCCGAUCUCCGCAGUGCGAUGAACUCAUCCGCUGCGCUCCAAAAGUCCAUCCCCGUCAGGCAUCCCUGCUGCCAAUCUCUUUCACACGCAUGCGGCAGAAGGGCAACAACGGCCCGCACGUCCGCGCGGCCGACCGCCACGUCCUCCCCAAGCAAGUCACCCCCCUCCAGCUCCUCCGCCUCUGACUCCAUCGGCCAUAUCAGGACCAGGGCCUCCAGCACGGGACACGUCUUGGAGAUCGCCUCGCAUUCGGAGAGCUCCGGGAAGUGGUCGUUCACGGCGAGAUGCGUGAGCCGGGGGCACAUGCGCGCGAGGACGCGCGUCUCGGCGAGGGGCACCGUCCGGCGGUCGAACAGCUCGAGGUGCGUGAGCGCCCCGAGCACGUGCGUGUGCGUGUGCGUGUGCGUGUGCGUAUUUGCGUCCCACGGCAGAUCGAACGAGCCGCAGUGCAGCUGCUCGAGGUGCGCCAGGCCGGCGAGCAGGGCGCGGUAGCCCGCCGCCGUGUUGCAGCCGAGGUACACGUUGCGCACGGCGGGACACGCCGCCACGACCGGGCCCCAGUCGCGCGCUCUUCGCAGAGGUGGACGAAGAGGUUGCGUGUGUGCCGCAGGUAUCUGGCGCGCGCUGGAUCGCCGGCCAUGGAGAUGGCGACGCCGCGGUUGAGGACGGGCAGACCCUCGAUGUCGCAUUCCGGGUCAUUGACGAUGGUGCGGUAGAGCAAGCCCUGCAGCCUGACCUGAUCGUUAAGCUACUGCGACGUGGAGAGGAGCAGGAAGUGGAAACGGUGCGUGCGACUGACCAGACGUGGAAGCGACGGGCGACGAGUACCAGACGAGGGAUCUCGGAGGGGCAUGCCAGUGCGAGUGUUUUGACGAUCUGGAGCUCGAGCUCGGGAGGUAAGGGCAUGACUGCGGGUGGAUUUUCCAUCCGCGUCCCAGACGUCGGGAUUGAGAUCAGAGACGCACUGAGACCUACUACUACUAGCCGGAAUUGAUCAAGCUGUCUUGAGGGGAACUGCCUCGGAGUUUGAAUUUUGUAAUGGCACGUGGUCUACGUGUUCGCGGUACCCUUGAGACCAACUCCAGGCUAAAAACUGACAUCUGUCUUCGACCUCCUCGCGACGGUGUUCCCUCUGCGCUGGCGACGAUGAACUGUAUCAUACCAGUGGACCCGCAACUCACGCAUGCUACGGCGCAGUGAGACAUGGAUCCGGCUGGCCUGACAGGAUCCGCCGCGGAUGGAAUAUGUGAGACUAAGACAUGGGUUAGGGCGGGUACAUAUAGCAUCCCUCGAUGGGAAAGGGGGUCCUCCACUCCUUGUUCUGCUCCUCAGCCUCUGUUAUGAUCACGCUCGGAGAACUCAUCGGCUCGCUCGUGAUCGGCUCGUGGGCCAACACGGCGCUCUUCGCGAUCGAAGUGAUGUACGCGUGGCGGUACUUCUCGACGUACUGGCACGACCGGUGGCUCUUCAAGGCGACGGUCGCUGUAUGUCUGGCGGUGGACUCUGUAUCCGUGGCGGCUAAUUGCGGUGCUGCGUACUUGUACUGCGUGGCUCAUUGGGGCGACCGAUCAUAUCUGGAAAACGAGUAUUGGCCUAUAUUUCUCUACGUGAUCACAACGGGUGUCACGGCAGUUAUCGUUGAAUUGUAUCUACUGUUCCGAUACUGGAAAGCCGCGCGAUUGUGGUACACGACGAUUCCCUUGUUCUUCACGACUGUCGCAGCGUUCGUCGGAUGCGCUGUGACGACCGGUCUUGUAAUCAAAUACGAUCAGUACGAAGAAAGAGAGUAUCUUGUCAUCCCAGUCACCGUAUGGCUUGUUGCUUCGACCUGCGCCGAUGUCGGGAUAGCCCUGGGUCUUGUGUUCCAGUUGCUGGGGAUGCAGCGGGAAACGGCGUUCGACCGCACCAAAACCGCGAUCCGCCGCCUGAUCCGCGACGCCGUGCAAACCGGCACCGUCACCUCCAUCUUCGCGACGAUCACGCUGAUCACGUACCUCGUCAAGCAGGAGAGCAACGUGACUGUGGGAAUCGGGUUUUGUCUCGGGCGGCUCUACACGCUCACGCUCUUGUAUAAUCUGCUCUCGAGGAAGACCGCGGCAGCGGACAAUAGGGAUGGGACGCAGUCCGGUGCUUCGUGGACCAAACCCGCUGUCUCUGUCACGAUGACCAGCGCCCUUUCCUCCCCCGGAACCUUUGUCCGGCACUCGCAAGUCAUCGCAGUAGAUGAGGCCAAAGCCCCGAAUUAUUUCGUGACAUCAUCUCCUGAUGGCGGCCCAUCAGCCCUGCGAGCGCCAUCCGACGUCGAAUCCGCGCUGGAAACACGGUCUCUCUCUCACCAGUCGGCAUAUAUUGAAGAAAGAGAUCGAGAGGCCGAUUCGCGCUCUAUCUGAUGACGAUGUGUAUUGUAUGUAGGUUACGUAAUGUGAUACCCAGCGCGUGUGAAAGUGGAC